UUUGCUUAUUCAAAUGCGUACAGAUGGAAAUGUCAUGUUUACAAAUGGAGUGUGAUAAUGACACUUGGCAAUUGGCAUUCCUUCGUCUUAAGCCCUGGCCCCAAGAGCCGUACAAAACCCAACCACAGGCACAGAUUUCCCCGCAAAUUACCGUGAUAUCGAACCGACAUUGACAAGAGCGAGCAGAGAGAAUGAAGGAGAGAGCAGGAGGAACAGGAUCGGCGUCAUCGGAGGCUUCAGUGGAGGAGCGGUAUGCACAGUGGAAAUCACUGGUCCCUAUUCUUUACGACUGGCUUGCAAAUCACAACCUUGUUUGGCCCUCGCUUUCUUGUCGCAUGUUGCUGGGAGCUGAGGCAAUUAAGAGGAAAAAGGGAAGAAAUAGAGUCUUCACUGUUGUAACUUAUGUUAACUUAUUUAUGCUCUAUAUAUAGAUGCUUACCUUUUUGUAUCACAGAUGGGGUCCGCAACUAGAACAAGCUACUUACAAGAACCGUCAGCGCCUUUACCUUUCUGAACAGACUGAUGGUAGCGUCCCAAAUACACUUGUCAUUGCAAAUUGCGAAGUGGUAAAACCUAGGGUUGCAGCAGCAGAGCACAUAGCACAGUUCAACGAAGAAGCUCGCUCACCAUUUGUCAAGAAGUGGAAAACCAUUAUACAUCCUGGAGAGGUGAAUCGAAUCAGAGAAUUACCACAGAAUAGCAAGAUUGUGGCCACUCACACUGACAGUCCUGAUGUUCUCAUUUGGGAUGUUGAAAGUCAGCCUAAUCGCCACCCCGUUUUAGGUGCCUCACCAUCUCGUCCAGAUCUGGUCCUUACUGGUCACCAAGAUAAUGCUGAGUUUGCACUUGCCAUGUGCCCUACAGAACCUUUUGUGCUAUCUGGAGGGAAGGACCAGUCAGUAGUUUUAUGGAGCAUCCAUGAUCACAUCUCUUCUCUGUCAGCAGAUCAGGGAGCUGCAAAGUCUCCAGGAUCCAAGGGUGGUGCAGUCAAUGGAAAACCUUCAGAGAGUCCCACCAUUCAAGCUAGAGGAAUUUUCCAAGGGCACACUGAUACUGUUGAAGAUGUUCAGUUUUGCCCUUCAAGUCCACAAGAGUUCUGUAGCGUUGGUGAUGAUUCUUGCCUUGUUCUGUGGGAUGCUAGAACUGGCUCUGCUCCUGUUGUUAAGGUCGAGAAGGCUCAUAAUGCUGAUCUUCACUGUGUUGAUUGGAAUCCGAUUGAUGUAAAUCUGAUUUUGACGGGAUCUGCUGAUAAUACUGUGCGUAUGUUUGACCGUCGAAAUCUUACUAAUGGUGGAGUUGGAUCCCCAAUCCAUAUAUUCGAAGGUCACAGUGCUGCAGUCCUGUGUGUCCAGUGGUCUCCAGACAGGUCAUCUGUCUUUGGUAGCGCUGCAGAGGAUGGUAUCCUGAAUAUAUGGGAUUAUGGAAAGAUUGGCAAGCUGGAGGGUGCUGGAAGUUCAAAUUCUCCGCAUGGUCUUUUCUUUCGACAUGCAGGGCACAGGGAUAAGGUUGUUGAUUUCCACUGGAAUUCAUCAGACCCGUGGACAAUUGUCAGUGUCUCUGAAGAUGGUGAAAAAACUGGUGGGGGAGGUACACUACAGAUUUGGCGAAUGAUGGAUAUGCUUUACCGUCCAGAAGAAGAGGUUCUUGCCGAGCUUGAUAAGUUCAAAUCUCACCUACUGACGUGUGCCUCUUGAUUUCAUUCUGGAAUGUGGAGAAACUUUGGCCUUCUUAUAACCUUUUUGUAAAUUUUAUGUUCAUGUUUUAGUUGACAAACCAACUAAAUUUUCUCCUUAAUGCCUGCUUGAGUACAUUUUGUUUUGCAAAUUCGUUAGCAUGGCAUAAACAGGUCGGUUUAAAAUGGAACUGGUCCAGUAAUCUAUGCAAACCCUGUUUGCUAUCCAAUUAGGUGUAAGCUGUUUGGGGGUUCUAUGUAGAAUAAUUCUAUGUA